AUGAACGGGCCUUCUGCUGCCCUGCUACUCGAUCCUAAGAGCUUUAAAAAGCAAGCUGCAACAAAGCCUUCUCCUCUCACUCCUCCGAAAGAUGACGUCAAACGGGACGAACUCCCCCCGAGACUGGGGCAUAGCGAAAUUCGAUCGCAAAGCAACGACCGGCUCGAAUCGAAACGUGGACACGAUCAGCUUCAUGAUGGAAGUCAAUCUCGAAUGAUUGAAAACAUGUAUGGCGUCGAACGACGCGAGAACCAGCCUCUGAAAAAAAUACGGGUCGAUGUAGACCGGGGAAGUAGAAGCACUCCAAAUAUAAAAGACAAAUUCUCAGGGGUAAGCGGAACGUCUCUCGGAGCAUAUAUGAAGGAAGAUUCCGCUCAGUCUGGACCGACCGCACCACCUGCUGCCGCUGCAAUUGACCUCACUUCGGACAAUGAGGAUGAUGAAGUUAUAUUUGUCGCGAACCGUGACUUAGGUGCGGAGCAGGUCUGCUUUGGUAAGCUUGAAGGCGCUACAGUUCUUGCACAUCAAGUACCCACCCCCCCAAGAACUGUAUUCAAGGACAUGAUGCAUGACUGGCCCUCUAUUAGAUGUGAACUGGUCAGGCAUCGUUCUCAAGACACCAGAAUCGAGGUCAAGGAUCCAGCGGACAAAACUUUCGGCCUGCUAGACCCCAAGACUUCAGCAGCGUUGGCGCCACUACUUGACAAUGGCGUGGCUAAAUUUCGCGCUCAAGCUCGUCUUGAUGUUCGAAAAAGACAAUCCGAUGAGUGGCCGGGGCAACCCUGUUCGGGAAAUUUCCGUAUUUCUAUCAACCUAUAUGGGCCACGACGGCUCGCGGAAAGCACAGGGAAAUUCCUUGGCCAAAAGAACCUUUGGCUAGGAGUACCAAACGCUGUGGAGGCUGGAAUCUCAGUUUUUAAUCCCCAUGCCGAGAGACGCUCCGCUCUGGCUGCAAAAGUUCCUACCAAUCGCUUUUCAAUUCAAUCAGAGACUCGCACCGCUGAGGAAAUUAAUAGCGCGGUCACACGAAUGUUCGACCAGUUAAGGAGUGCUGAAAAUCUUCCUGAGAUGCAACCAUCUGCUUUGAUAAAGACCCCUCUCCUACCGCAUCAGAAACAGGCACUUUGGUAUAUGACCGAGAAAGAGAAGCCGCGCCAGCUUGGGCCAAAAGAGGAGGAUAACAACUCACUCUGGAGGAUACACUACCAAUCGAAUGGAAGGAAGCUGUAUCGCGAAAUCAUUAGCGGUGUGACUUCCGUGGAAGAGCCUCCGCAGGCCCUCGGUGGGCUUUUGGCCGAUAUGAUGGGUUUGGGCAAAACCUUAAGCAUCCUUUCUUUGGUAUGCUCCUCAUUACCGCAGUCUCUGGACUGGGCCAGAGAACAACCUCCACACGGGUCGCUGAUGGGUCAGCCUCCAAUUCGCAACGCCAAAACCACUCUUUUAGUCUCACCGCUGAGCGCUGUGGGUAACUGGACGACCCAAAUCAAAGAGCAUUUACAUGAAGGCUCUCUUUCGUACUACGUAUUCCAUGGGCCGUCAAGAACUGAAGAUCCAGCGCAGUUGGCGGAGUAUGAUCUAGUCAUCACCACAUACAGCACAGUUCUAAGUGACCUCUCUUUAAAAAGCUCUAAAAGAAAAGCAAGCCCCCUUGCUCAGUUAAAUUUCUUUCGAAUAGUAUUGGAUGAGGCUCAUGCAAUACGAGAACAAUCUGGAGCUCAGAGCCAGGCGAUAUUUAGCCUAAAUGCGCAGCGUCGGUGGUCUGUCACUGGAACUCCGAUUCAAAACCGCCUCGAAGACUUGGGAUCCGUUGCCAGAUUUUUGAGACUAUUUCCGUUCAAUGAAAAAGGCCGUUUUGCCGCCCACAUCAUUGCUCCGUUCAAAUGCGAAAACCCAAAUGCGAUAACGACGUUGAGGGUAUUUAUAGACUCUUUUACCCUUCGUCGAGUAAAAGACCGGAUUGAUCUACCUCCUCGCAAUGAUCAAACCGUGCUACUUACCUUUUCUGAAAAUGAAAAGGCAUUACAUGAGUUCUUCCGAAAGGAAUCGAAUGUUAUGAUGAACGUGAUUGCUGGUCAGUCCAGGGAAAAGAUGAGCGGUAAUAUGUAUCAUCUUGUCUUGAAGGCCAUGAUGAUUUUGCGGCAGAUCAGUGCACACGGCAAAGAGCUCCUCGACCAAGAGGAUCGUGAAAGGUUCAAAGGAUUGACGGCAAACGACGCUAUUGAUUUAGAAGAAUUCGAAAACAAUGCAACAGAUGCUGCUGAGAAGAAGGCGUAUGAAAUGCUUUCGUUGAUGAAAGAAUCGUCGGCGGAUAUUUGCGUGAAAUGUGGUAAUACCAUUUUGCUACAAUCGGGCGACGAAACACCGGGAGACAAGCCCGCCACGGUAGCCAGCAUGUUGCCUUGCUAUGAUCUUCUCUGUGGGGAUUGCUUUGCUCGCUUUCGACCUGUAUUCGAUGACAAUGCCGGGAAGCCAGUGCAGCUUAAAUGCUUCUUUUGCCAAAGUUUAAUCGCACCGGCGUAUACUAUCAUAUCAGCUGCGGGAUAUGAAAAAUAUCAGACUACGCAGCUAGCUUCGAGACAGAGUCGCAAACAAGUCAAAGUGAUGGGACAAUACGAAGGGCCUCACACGAAAACCAAGGCGUUACUCUCCCUUCUUCUCAGUACCGCAGAAGAAAGUAAACGCAGCCCGGAUCAGCCGCCCAUCAAGAGUGUUGUCUUCUCAGCAUGGACAUCACACCUUGACCUUAUCGAAAUCGCACUCCAGGACAGUGGAAUCACAGGCUUUACUCGGCUCGAUGGUACUAUGUCGCUCAAACAACGAAAUGCAGCGCUGGAUGCGUUCCGCGACGACGACAAUAUUACGGUCCUUCUUGCAACGUUAGGCGCAGGCGGUGUUGGUCUCAACCUCACGUCAGCUUCGAGGGUCUAUGUUAUGGAGCCUCAGUACAAUCCCGCGGCGGUGGCGCAGGCGAUUGACCGUGUGCAUCGUCUUGGCCAAACGCGCGAAGUCACUACAGUUCAGUUCAUUAUGAAGGAGAGCAUCGAAGAAAAAAUUGCGGAAUUAGCGAAGAAGAAGCAGCAGCUUGCUAAUAUGAGUUUGAAUCGCGGCAAGUCGGAUAAGAGAGAGCCGAUGGAAGAGAGAAUGAAAGAAUAUCGGAGCUUAUUCCGAUAA